CCUGCAUGGUGUUUCUAGAUGCACGCGGCCUAUUUUGUUGUUACGUACUAGUUGCAGCUGCUACAAGUUUGGUUUCCCUACCGAUUCCGUUGCUGCACGACACGGAGUCCGUCCGCCCAUGGAUUCACUCCGAGGUCACCCCACGGCGGCGGCCCACGCCAAGGUGGAGCCGGAAGCGGAGCUCGGCGAGCGCAACAGCGCCCCCGCCGUCAACCCCGUCGUCGGGCAAGAAGCACGCGGCCCGAUGGCCGGCGACCGGCGGACUCGCCCGGAGCGAGUGCGCCGUCUUAUCCGGAGGCUCCGCCCGGCGCCCAUCGGGAGCGCGUUCAAGCGGUGGCUGAAGCACCCGGCGCACGUCGCGCAGUUCGCGUGGGCGGUCUGCGUCGCGCUGUCCUUCGCCCUGCUCGGCCUCCUCCUCCUCGGCGUCUUCGACGGCGCCUUCCGGCGCAGGUCCGUCCGCGAUCGGUGGGUCGAGAUCGUCAACCAGAUCCUGAACGCGCUCUUCACGCUCAUGACCAUCUACCAGCACCCCGAGCUCUUCCACCACGCCGCCCUGCUGCUCCGGUGGCGGCCCGGGGACGAGAAGGAGCUCAGGAAGGCCUACUGCCGGAAGGGCUCGGGUGCGGGUGAAGUGCAGCGGGAGCGGCUUCACCUGUCCGUGGUGGUCGGGCUCCUCCACCUCACCUGCUUCGCGCAGUACGCCGUGUGUGGGCUCUUCUGGGGGUACUCCAGCGCAGCCCGCCCAGACGCCGCCAUGACCACGCUCGCCGGGGCCAGCGGCGUGGCACCCGUCGUCGCCGGCCUGUACAUGUACCUCAGCCCGCUUGGGAGGAAAAGCGAGCAAAGCAUGCACCAAGAACCCGAACAAGUCUGCGACGACGACGACAGCAUGGUUGUGGCGGUGAUCGCCGACCCCGCGGGAAGGGAGUGGGCCGGCGGGCUGCUGGACGUGCGCGACGACCCGGCGGCGUGCUGGCUCUCGUGCCUCUGCACCUUCUGCGUGUUCGGGUGGAACAUGGAGCGGCUGGGGUUCGGGAACAUGCACGUGCACGGCGCCAUGUUCGCGCUCCUCUGCUUCGCGCCGCUGUGGGUGCUCAACCACGCCGCCACGAACAUCCGGAGCAAGGCCGUCAGCAACGCGGUCAGCGCCGCCGGGGUGGUGCUCUGCGUGCUCGGCCUGCUCUACGGCGGGUUCUGGCGGGCGCGAAUGCGGCGCAAGUUCGGGCUCGCCGGCAAGAACAGACUACCCUUCUUCUCCUCGCUGUCGCUCGACGUCGCCGACUAUCUGCAGUGGGUGUUCUGCUGGGGGUGCGCGCUGGCGCAGGAGGUGCGGACCGGGAACCUUCUCCUCGACGUGGAGUCGACGGGAGGCAUCGAUCCGCGAGGCUCCGGCGGUGUGCAAGUUGAUAACAGCCUACGGCCUUUGCCGAGAGAGGACGGUAGCUUUGAGAUCGCGGCGGUCGCUGGGGCUCACUCUGUUCCGCUGGCCGACAACUCGGCGGGUCGAGGCGAGGAGUUGCCAUUGGUGCAGCUGAAGCGGGACGGUAGUUCGUCACCUGGAGAAAUGAGGCCACCAGUGCCGCCAUUGAUGCAGGACGGAGGAGGUCCUCAAGGUCCACGAAUUCAGUGACGGGCAGUACCGUACGGUUGUUGCCAUACAUAGAUCCUGCAGGGUCUCCCUUCCAUCAGGGUGUCAUCCUGGUUAGCAAAAAAGAUGUCAUGCCAUGUCACUAACUCACUAUCAUACCAGCAGCUUAAGCUAGCAUUUGUAAUAAAAAAAGCAAGCAGGUUAAGGGAUUGUGGUGCAUACAGAAACUUCAGAACUGUUACCUAUUUGAUCAGCAGCAGCAACUGUAGCCGCCAUUUUCUUGUCCGGAGGUAGUUUCAGAUGCUACUACGUCAACAUAAGUGGGCCAAGUGUUGACUAGGCCGAGUCAAGAAAAGCGCAAUCCCUUGCUUCUUGAACUUCGUAGAAUUAUACUGUAGUUUGUUCGGUCAAAGUUGUUGUUCUAUCUUGUGUCCUCUUGUUCAUCUUUGAGCGCCAGCCAGCCCGCCUA